AUGUCCAUCAACGAAUUGCCACAACCUCCGCCCGAUGUCAUCUCUUCGCUCGCAUUCUCCAAAGACAGCGACACGCUGGUGGUCAGUGCAUGGGACCGCGAGCAUGGUAUACUGGUCUAUCGACGAAGCGCAUCGAGUCCACCUUUUGAGUUAGCAGAAACUAUUGCGACAACAGCACCGGUACUCGAUGUAUGCUUUGGGGGAGAUGGCAACACGAUAUACUACGUUGGUUUGGACCGUACGAUCCGCCGACAUAGCUUGAACCAUGCCCAAGACCAAGCCACCCGCAACAGUUCCCACGAAGUCAUCGCCCGCAGCUCCCAUCCCACUAGCAAAGUCGCAUACUCCCACGAACACAACUUGGUGUUGGCGCUGAGCUGGAACGGUAGACUCUUUGCAAUGGAUGCCGAGACCAGUCUGUCUGUGGCCAUUCAGCUGGCCGCCAAACCUUUCGCUCUUGCUCUCACAUCAGACAAGGCGGUCGUCACGAUGGCCGAAAGAAAGGUGCACGUCUAUGCGCUUGCGGAAUUGAAAGCUCUGCUGUCAGAAGCAUCUGGUGUCCAGAGCGAAGAGGACGUGAAGAUUGUGCAAGCCAGGCCAUGGCAGGAGCGAGAAUCGAGCUUGAAGUUCAUGACUCGAGCAUCGGCAACCAUGCCUGAUGGGACGGGCUUCGCUGCUGCCUCGAUUGAAGGCAGAGUUGGAGUGGAGUGGUUUGAUGAAGAGGCGAAUAAGAAAAUGUACGCGUUCAAGUGCCAUCGAGACAAGAGCACGACUACGGACGAGGGAGGACAGGAAGUGGCUCUGGACAUCAUCUACCCUGUCAAUGCCAUUUCUUUCCACCCUAUACACGGCACUUUUGCCACGGGUGGAGGCGAUGGUGUGGUGGCGCUGUGGGAUGCCAAGACGAAGAGAAGGAUCAGACAGUAUCCCAAGCUGCCUACCAGUGUUUCUGCUCUGAACUUUAGUCCUGACGGGAAAUUGUUGGCGAUCAGUAUCAGUCCUGGAUUCGAGGACGGACACGAGCAGGAUGUGGCUGAUCCGGAGCUCGUGAAGGUGUACGUGAGAGAAUUAGCAGAGAGCGAGGCGAAGGGCAAGCCCGCGAAGGAGAAAUAG